AUGCUGAACUCUUAGGUUCAGCACCAUGUUUAUCUGUUAAAAGAUCUGCUGGUGUAAUUCCUUGAAAAAGUCAAAUCUUAACAGUGGUGAGUCAUUGUAAUGAUCAGUUUUCCAGCUCCCAAGGUAUCCUUUGCCGAGGCUGGGGGAGGGAAGAGUAAUUUCUUACCAGCGAGCAGGCAUUUUCUAGUUUACCCUCCUUCUCCCUUCACCCUGCAAUGACCAUAUGCUCAUUUUGGAUGCAUCACUAUUACGGUCUUCCUGGCUCCAUGAUGAGCCUGUUAAUGAACACAGCUGAACAGGCAAAAAGAGGGGGAAAAGCUCACUGCUGUCAUGGUGACUCUUUUUCCUAUUUUGAAUGUGAUCUCCAGGAGCUGUCAGUCCCGGUCCUGUUUAAGGACAUUUUGCUCUUUCUUCAAAAACUCCGUGUGUUGUGCAGUAUGGUGGCCGAGGACUGUGGGCUCAGUGGCCCCAGGAGCCUCUGGCUAGUCUCCCCAUCUCUCUGCUUGCCCUUAGCUGUGUUUGAAGCAGAGUGGUCAGGGGAUUUGGACAUUUGUAUGCAGCUGCUCCUUCCAUAAGCCAAACAUAAGCAGCGUGCUGUGGUCAGGUUGACAAACACUGGGGCUUUGACAGUUUGUAAAAUGUCCAUGUUGUCCUUCAUCUUCAGUAUAUGUAGGUCUAAUAAAAGAAGUGCCCCCUGGGUCAUAUGCAGGUGGAUACACACAAAAGGCCUGGGUGUGCGCAUUUGUCUUAAUUUCUGUAGUGCUCUGUAACUCACUUAGGGUGAACCAGGAAUAUGGUACAUUAAUUCCUUCUCUGGGCAUUGAGGGCUCACUUGUGGCUGAGAGAUAAGGUGAGUGUAGCACACACCCAUGCCUGCCCUUUUCUCUGAGUGAUACUGGGUUAUCUGGGAUACCUGCCUGGCGGAGGGGGAUGGUCUGACAGGGGGCACAUCCCUGCAUGUAAAUGAAGAAAAUGAAAUAAACGUUGUCAUUCUUUAAGAAAAACUGGUCUCAUCAGAAGCUGGUUUGAAAUUCAUUUGGUUAAAUGGGAGCCUCAGAGAAAUCAGAUAAGGAAAGAACUUGCUAAUAGCAAACCUUGCACUGCUCCUAUUCUAGAACAAAUUCCCUCCAGCAGCUAGCUGACAUCCCCUUCCCUGUGGAAAUGAGCUCCACUGUCUCAGAGGACACCCUGAGGAAAACAAGUGUUUGUAGAGACCAGACUCAUGUCGCAAUGCCAUCGGAAAGAGCAGUUGCAGAAUUUUCCUCCCUUGUCACACUGGAUUCUUACCCAUUUUUGCAGUGGUAGCUGUCUUUUACAGGGCAGACUCCUUGUAGAUGCUUGCCCUCCUGUCUCGCAGCUGCUUUCUUCCCACCACCGAUCCAGAGCAACCCAGUAACACCGUGGUUGGUGUUGGGAAGGACCUGCCCUGUCAUGAAUUUGUCUAACGUUUGGUUUAUUGAAUGAGGAAGCCCAGGUUUUCGGAUGUCAUUCUGGCAACUAUUUUGGCUACCAAGUCAGAUAUGUGUGGCAAGAAGUUUGAACUGAAGAUUGACAAUGUUCGCUUUGUUGGCCAUCCCACGUUGCUUCAGCAUGCCCUGGGGCAGGUAUCCAAAACUGAUCCCUCACCGAAGAGAGAGAUGCCCACUAUGAUUCUCUUCAAUGUGGUGUUUGCACUAAGGGCCAAUGCAGAUCCAUCUGUGAUAAACUGCUUGCACAACCUCUCCCGAAGAAUCGCCAUAGUCUUGCAGCAUGAGGAGCGCCGCUGCCAGUACCUGACCAGGGAGGCCAAGCUGAUCUUAGCUAUUCAGGAUGAAGUGUCUGCCAUGUCAGAAACCACAGAAGGGCCACAGUCACCUUUUCAUCACAUCCUACCCAAGUGCAAACUGGCCAGAGAUCUCAAAGAGACAUAUGACAGUCUCUGCACAACAGGGGUGGUCCGUUUACAUAUCAACAACUGGCUGGAAGUGAGUUUCUGCCUGCCUCAUAAAAUCCAUUAUGUUGCCACAAACUUUAUACCCCCUGAAGCAAUUGAGAGAAGCCUGAAAUCUAUCAGGCCUUACCAUGCCUUAUUACUUUUAAAUGAUGAGAAGUCAUUGCUUAAUGAGCUCCCGUUGGACUGCUCUCCUGCCCUGGUGAGAGUAAUUAAAACUACCUCUGCUGUGAAGAAUUUGCAGCAACUGGCUCAAGAUGCUGACUUGGCAUUGCUACAGGUUUUCCAGCUUGCUGCACAUCUUGUUUACUGGGGAAAAGCAAUUAUUAUUUAUCCGCUGUGUGAAAACAAUGUCUACAUGCUUUCUCCAAAUGCCAGUGUCUGUCUCUACUCUCCAUUAGCAGAUGCAUUUUCUUGUCAGUUCCGGGGCCACAACCUGCCAUCGAUGCUUUCCAAGUUCUCCCUCCCAGUGUCACUCUCGGAGUUCAAGAAUCCACUUGCGCCGCCUGUUCAGGAGACUCAGCUCAUUCAAAUGGUGAUAUGGAUGCUCCAACACCGGCUUCUUAUUCAGCUUCACACGUACGUCUGUCUGAUGGUGCCACCAAACGAGGAGGAUUUCCGAGCCCAAGACGAAGACAUGCCCUUUACUGCUAGAGUUGGAGGCCGAAGUUUAAGCACCCCCAAUGCUCUCAGCUUUGGUUCUCCAACUAGUAGUGAUGACAUGACUCUGACAAGCCCUAGCAUGGAUAAUUCCAGCGCUGAGUUGAUACCUGGUGGGGACUCACCCCUAAAUAAAAGGAUGACGGAGAAUCUCCUAGCAAGCUUGUUGGAACAUGAGCGGGAAGCUAUCCUUAAUGUCCCUGCUGCCCAGAAUCCAGAAGAUCUUCGCAUGUUCGCAAGGCUGCUGCACUAUUUCCGAGGCCGACAUCAUUUGGAGGAGAUCAUGUACAAUGAGAACAUGCGGCGCUCCCAGCUCCUCAUGCUGUUUGACAAGUUCCGCAGCGUGCUGGUGGUGACCAGCCACGAGGACCCCGUGAUUUCAGUUUUUCAGUCUCUCUUAAAGUGACUCUGCUGGCAAAGGAAGGGAACCUGCUACGCUCUCCAUACCGAUAGUCUGAAAGAUGCCUGAAGGAGGCUAUUUUAGUUCCUUCUUUCCAUGUGACAUCGAGCAGGUUCUCCUGCUCUGUGCCUCAGUUUUCCAUCCGCUCCCUGUGGCGACAGCUGAAGCCAGUCUGAGGGCUCUGGGGCCCGCUGCGGGACAGUGUGCGCUUGCUUAGCCCUUCCCUGAUCCUGCUCCCUCCCCAGGGUUGUGAGAGUGGGCCAGGAAGACUUCAGCCGCAGUGUUAGUGACAGUACUUCACCCUGGGGCGGCCACCGGUGCGUCAGCAGCGCUUUCUCUGCCCUGCAGCAGCAUGACAGCUGGGUCAUUCAGCCGCGAGCACUGUCUGUGAGCAGCCUGUCCCCACGGCACAGCGCGCAUGGCCUCUGCUCAAGGGCAGAGUGGAGCUGGCCUGGCUUUUAGGGAAGAGUCCCUGGGCACCGAGGAAUUCUGUUUGAUCAGUUACCUGGCAGCCAUGAGAACACAGGUAGGGAGGCAGAGUAUCGCAAGUAAACAGUUUCAUGAAUGA